AACUCCAUAACACUUCACUUCAAGAUUCUCUCCUCUUCUUCAGUUUAAACUAAAUUUCCCUCACCUCCCUUCUAAAAUUUCUCUAUCUGGGUUCUGUUUUAUUUUGUGUUCCAAAAAAAUGGUGAUAGCGGCUAAUUCGCCGUCGUCAUCUCCGGUGACGAUAUCUGUGUCAUCAGGAGGAGGAAUUAGAAGCAUGGGUUUAACAAGUCCGGUACCGAGAGCUUCUAUAUCUAACAACCUCCAUUCCCCGUUAAGUAACAGUAAGAACCGUACUUCUAGUGGCGGUAGAUACUGUUCAAUGUCUAAAGAUGACAACAAUACAGAAGAAAUCAACUCCGAUUUCGUCACUUACACAGUUCAUAUACCUCCCACGCCUGAUCACCAGCUUACCUCCGCCUCACAGUCCAGUCUAGAUAUCAAGAACGACGACGACGAGGACGACCCGGACCGCAGUUUUAUCUCUGACACCAUUUUCAGCGGCGGUGCUAAUCUAGUCACGCGUGGCCAUGUUAUAGACUGCUCGGUAGAGAUGACCAAGUCGUUAAAAUCUGGGGGUCUGUGUGGGAUGAAAGGUUGUGAUGAGAAAGCGUUUCAAGAAAAAUGUGAGUGUGGAUUCAAGAUUUGCAGAGAUUGUUACGUGGAUUGUAUGGGGGCUAAUGGACAGAGACAUUGUCCUGGUUGUAAAGAACCGUAUAAGGAUCUUGAUGAUGAGGAUUCCGACGAUGAAGCGGAACGGGAAGAGGAAGAUCAGGCGUUUCCUUUGCCUAAAUUGGAUAAGAGACUCUCACUUGUGAAGUCAAUUAAGGCUCUGAAUCAUCCUCCCGAGUUUGAUCAUACGAGGUGGUUGUUCGAGACUAAAGGAACCUAUGGCUAUGGUAAUGCUGUCUGGCCUAAAGACGGAUAUGGAGGCGGGUCGGGUGCUAACGGAUAUGAACCUCCUCCGGAUUUUGGAGAGAGAAGUCGAAGGCCUUUGACUCGGAAAGUUGGGGUUUCUGCUGCAAUUAUCAGUCCCUAUAGACUACUCAUUGCAAUUCGUUUGGUGGCCCUUGGAUUGUUUCUGACAUGGAGAAUUCGUCACCCGAAUCGCGACGCAAUGUGGUUAUGGGGGAUGUCUAUAACUUGUGAGGUUUGGUUUGCUUUAUCAUGGGUGCUUGAUCAGCUUCCUAAACUCUGCCCUGUAAACAGAGUGACUGACCUCUCUGUGUUAAAAGAGCGGUUCGAAUCCCCCAAUCUGCGAAACCCGAAAGGGAGAUCAGAUCUUCCAGGGAUUGAUGUGUUUGUUUCAACAGCAGAUCCGGAGAAAGAACCACCUCUUGUCACUGCAAAUACUAUUCUUUCCAUUCUUGCUGUUGAUUAUCCUGUCGAAAAGCUUGCUUGUUACUUAUCGGAUGAUGGUGGUUCUCUUUUGACAUUUGAAGCUCUAGCAGAGACUGCUAGCUUUGCAAGAAUUUGGGUUCCUUUCUGCAGAAAACAUGACAUUGCACCCAGGAAUCCUGAGGCGUAUUUCAGUCAGAAACGCAAUGUUCUGAAGAACAAAGUUAGGAUUGACUUUGUUAGAGAGAGGAGAAGAGUGAAGAGAGAAUAUGAUGAAUUUAAGGUGAGGGUUAAUUCAUUGCCUGAAUCAAUCCGGAGAAGAUCCGAUGCUUAUAACGCCCACGAAGAGCUUCGAGCUAAGAAGAAGCAUAUGGAAAUGGGAUCAGAUCCAUUAGAACCUCUCAUGGUAUCAAAGGCAACUUGGAUGUCGGACGGUUCUCAUUGGCCGGGGACUUGGACUUCAGGAGAGACCGACCACUCAAGAGGAGACCAUGCCGGUAUUAUUCAGGCAAUGCUAGCUCCACCAAAUGCAGAACCAGUUUUCGGAGCAGAAGCAGAUGGAGAGAACUUGACUGACACAACAGAAGUUGAUAUCAGACUGCCAAUGCUGGUCUACGUGUCUCGUGAGAAGCGGCCAGGUUAUGAUCACAAUAAGAAAGCUGGAGCUAUGAAUGCUCUUGUCAGAACCAGUGCAAUCAUGUCCAAUGGUCCAUUCAUACUAAAUCUUGACUGUGAUCACUACAUUUAUAAUUCUUUGGCUCUGAGAGAAGGAAUGUGUUUUAUGCUCGAUAGAGGCGGUGAUAGGAUCUGUUAUGUUCAGUUCCCACAAAGAUUUGAAGGAAUUGAUCCUAGUGAUCGGUAUGCUAAUCACAAUACAGUGUUCUUUGAUGUUAGCAUGAGAGCUCUUGAUGGAUUACAGGGUCCAAUGUAUGUAGGAACUGGCUGUAUUUUCCGCAGAACUGCGCUGUACGGGUUCAGUCCUCCUAGAACAACAGAACAUCUCGGGUGGUUUGGCAGAAGGAAAAAUAAGUUGCUCUUGAGGAAGCGUAAGGCGAUAAAGAAAAACGAGGAUGAAAUAGCCUUGCAAAUGACCGCUGAUCACAAUGAUGAUGAUGCAGAAAUCGAGUCAUUGUUGCUUCCUAAACGGUUUGGGAACUCAACUUCCCUGGCUGCGUCUAUUCCAAUUGCAGAAUACCAGGGGAGGUUGCUUCAAGAUGUACAAGGACGGGGUUAUCAUGGAAGACCUGCUGGCUCACUUGCUGUACCGAGGGAGCCUUUGGAUGCUGCAACUGUUGCUGAAGCAAUUAGCGUUAUCUCAUGCUUCUAUGAGGAUAAAACCGAGUGGGGUAAAAGAGUUGGUUGGAUUUACGGUUCUGUGACAGAAGAUGUGGUGACUGGUUAUCGUAUGCACAAUCGAGGAUGGAGAUCGAUCUAUUGCGUCACCAAAAGAGAUGCAUUUCGCGGCACAGCUCCAAUCAAUCUGACAGACAGGUUACAUCAAGUUCUUCGAUGGGCAACUGGCUCAGUAGAAAUAUUUUUCUCAAGAAACAACGCGUUAUUCGCCAGUCCUCGGAUGAAAUUCCUGCAGAGGGUUGCAUAUUUCAACGUUGGAAUGUACCCUUUCACCUCUAUGUUUCUCAUAGUCUAUUGCAUCCUACCAGCAGUAUCUCUAUUUACAGGCCAGUUCAUUGUCCAAUCUCUCAGUAUAACCUUCCUAGUAUUCUUAUUAGCCAUCACAAUCACUCUCUGCCUGCUCGCACUCCUCGAAAUCAAAUGGUCUGGAAUCACUCUCCACGAUUGGUGGCGAAACGAACAGUUUUGGCUAAUAGGUGGAACAAGUGCUCAUCCUGCAGCAGUGUUACAAGGGCUUCUCAAGGUUAUAGCAGGAGUUGAAAUUUCCUUCACAUUGACCUCGAAAUCUGCUACACCUGAAGAUGGAGAUGACGAGUUUGCUGAUCUGUACGUUGUAAAGUGGAGCUUCUUAAUGGUACCUCCGAUCACCAUAAUGAUGUUGAACAUGAUUGCAAUUGCAGUAGGAACUGCAAGGACUAUGUACAGUAGUUAUCCAGAGUGGAGCAAACUUGUUGGAGGAGUGUUUUUCAGCUUCUGGGUUCUGUCUCAUCUUUACCCGUUUGCGAAAGGGCUGAUGGGAAGAAGCGGGAGGGUUCCGACCAUCGUGUACGUAUGGUCCGGAUUGUUAUCCAUAAUCAUUUCAUUGCUAUGGGUCUACAUUAGUCCUCCUGCUGGAAAGGAAGACUACAUGAAGUUUCAUUUCCCUUGAUGUGUUGAGCAAUUAAGUAAUCUGUAGGAAAAUGCAACAGAUCCAAUUUGAAGCUACUCAGCUUCACAUCCUACUCUGUUAUUGUUAAAAGUGUAAUUCUUUAUGUACUUUAUAGUAUGUGUAAUUGCUGCUGAGGAGCUACCUCAAGCUUAUAUUUUUUCUAUCCAAACAUAUAUAUGUUUCUGCUGA